AUGUCCUCCACACGCACAUUGCCUGAACUUGCCCAGGUUAUCUCUACGCAAGCAAAUUUGAUAUCAAACACAUACAAUGAUGCAGGUAUACAGCAACCCUCGCUCGGAUAUGGCACAACGCACUAUGGCGGCCCGUAUGCACCAGCUCUGGAGGACAGCCGCGCACAGCUCCUAGAAGCUGUUGACGAGUUGAGAGCUCUCAUUGUCGGCCCUGCUGGUCACAUCUUCUUCAUGUCGUUUAUGGGGCCUGCCUGGACUGCCACACUUCAUGUCUUGUACAAAUUCGAAAUUGCCAAGCAUGUUCCUCUCAACAGUUCGAUUUCCUAUGCGGACCUGGCAGACCGCUGCGGCCUUUCAGAGCCACGGGCACGACGAUAUGUUCGCUCCGCCAUAUCUUUUCGUGUCUUCCAGGAGUCAAGGCCUGGUCGAGUUCAGCACAAUGCAGCUUCCGCGAUACUGGCCACGUCAACGCUCCACGAUUGGAUCGGCAUGGCUACAGAAGAGCUAGCGCCCGCCGCGCUGAAGGUAGCGGAGAGCAUGCUAAGAUUUCCAAAAGAGGACAGGCCCGCCGAAAGUGCCUUUGCUAUUGCAAACGGAAGCAAUGGCGACAAAGAUCUGUUCGACAUUGUCAAUGAUCAGCCGGAGCGCAUGGCUCGGUUGGCUAACGCCAUGGAAUGGUCAAUGAGGGUGCCCGGAAUGGAGCCGCCGUACACCGUCGAUCAUCUGGGAUGGGGAACGGGUAAAGGGCUCGACCCGACAUGGUGUCCGCGUGUGGUCGUUGAUGUCGGCGGUGGGACAGGAGUACUCAGCAAAGCGAUGCUUCAUGCAUAUCCCAACAUCGAGAAACUCAUCGUCGAGGAUCUUCCAGAGGUUGUUACCCAAGCUGUAGCGCAUGACCCGGAUGAUUUCGGAGGUCGUCUGGAGUACCAUGGGUACAACUUCUUCACGGAACAAACCAUCAAGAACGCCGACGUUUACAUCUGGCGCUGUGUCUUUCAUGACUGGCCUGACAGUUAUGCAACUAGGAUCCUCCGCAGCCAGAUUCCUGCUCUCAAACCUGGAGCUCGGAUGAUCUUCCUGGAGAGAUGUUUGGAGCCUCCGAAACCACUCGGACAUGUGAGCGAUCAAUUCGCCAUGUCCUGUGACAUCAUGAUGCAGAUGUGCGCAAACGCCAAGGAGAGAAGUCGCGAUGACUGGGUUGCGCUUCUUGCCGCUGCUGACGAGAGGUUCGAGAUCGAGUCCAUCUCCAUACCACCGCAUUCUGCCCUGUCAAUCAUUAAUGUCUUAUGGCGAGGAGAUGAAACCAGUGAUGACGCCAAGCCCCCAGAGGCUAGCAGUCCAUUCUAUAGUGGCUCAGAUGUUGCUCGAAGCGAUAGCGUUUCUACCUUUGAACCUGACUCCAGCUCUGAAUCUGAAAGUAACUGCAGUCACAAACGAGCGAAAAUGUUGCAACCUGAGGAUACCAGCAACGGAACCCUCAAUGGUACUCAGACUCGUCUUGCGACUGAAUAUGACCAUUUAACCAAAGAAACGGGCGGAUACACGGGAGGAAAUAAUGCCAGCUUCUACAACCGGGGAAGUACUUCCCUACGCAAUCACAAGAUUGCGGGAAAUAGUUCGAACUCGUUUCUUUACUAA